AUGGCCGCGUCCGCAGAGAAGAUGGUGAAGUUCGCCCUCUUCCCCAUCGAGACUCUUACCGCCUGCAUUUACAUCCUCGCUAAAGUCUAUACCAUCAUCUCCAACAGCACAUCUUCAAUUGGCAUUUCCUCGAUCUCAGAUGUUAGCGAGAUGUUAGCGCAUUACAUCAAAGCGAAAGAGCUAGUGGACUCCAAAGACACCGUCUGGCCGCUCAUUGUCAAAGAGCAAUCGCACAUCUACAACAACAUCACCGGGAUUAUAAAGACUGCAAUCGAGUGCCUUGUGGGCUCCUUCUUCGGAUCGUUCGUGGAGGAAUGCGAGAGGCUCAAGGAGUACCUGAAACCUCAGCGAAGCUUUUACGCCAGCGGAUUGGCCAUACAUCGAGAUGGUACCGUUCUGAAGAGGGAUCUCAUCGUUCUGGAGCAGCGCAGGGUUAUGGACGCCUACAAGAAUGACCCCAAUCGACCGGAGUGCUUCUGGCUCCCAGAUCACCACAAGCAGGAAGAUUUCGAGAACUUCAUGAUGACAUUGGCCUGGGCGAGAGAGAAGCCUCUCAGGCGUAUGUUCACUGAGGAGUUCAAGGGCUCCUACUUGGAACACGAACCAGAAGUCCAGGACGAACCCGCUUCCGACUAUGCUAGUCUGACCGGUAAGUAG